GCCCGCCUGCCCGCCUGCCCGCCUGCAGGGGCUGUGGAGGCCUGGAGCUGCGGGACAGAGUUGCAGGGCCGGUCCUUGCCCAGGGAGGCUCUCCCCUGAAUCCCGGUUGUCCUAGGGCCGCGGAGGAGCACUGGGCCCCGAGGUCGCUGGUGGUGUGGUGGUCACUGUGGGUGUGGGUCCGCGUGGGAACGGGGUCCCAGAGCCUGGUCCCGAGGAGACGGGCGGCCGAGCGGGGCCAGCGGGCCCGGGCCCGGGUCGUGAGGGUCUGAGCGCGCGCCCGAAAGCGGGGAACCGCCCCGCCCGGGCGUCCGGCUUUGGCUGCCCUGCUCUGGUCCCCGCGGGUGGGCUGGACGUCUCCGCGCGCAGUGGGAAUGCCCGGUGUCACCCAGCUUGCUCUCUGCUGCCCGAACCGAAGGGCUGAGGCCACAGGACAGAGAUUUGGACCUAAUGAAAGGACGUCGCCCCUUAGCCCCAGCUAUGGACUCCACUGCAUCAGUGUCAAGGUCGCAAGACUGGCCAAAAGAACUGGGCCACAUCUUAGAGACUACCACCCCCCAUGUAUUCCUUUAUGCUCUGUGUUCUGUAGACCAUCAGCACAGGAAUCAUCUCGAAACUCUUUAAAGAUGCAGACUCUCAGGCCGUACACAUCCACUGAAUGAGAGUCUGUUUAAUGAGAUCCUCAGGAAUCCGUACACACAUUAAAGUUUGAGAAGUGCUGACCUAGAUUAUACUAUGUUGCCUGCCACUUCCAUGCUUCUGUUUUUGUUAGCUAUAAUCACUACUCUGGUAUGGCUGGGGUUAGUUGUUUGUAUUCAGGCUUUAAAAACAGUAUGAAACAAAACUCUAUCAUAGAAGGACUUGCAAAAUGUGCUUACAGAGACCUACUGGUGCUUGGGAACUCAGGAAGAGUUGACCUUUGACCUGGGCUCCCAAGGAUAAGGGGAAAGGUGUAACUUCUUUUCCUUAAAGUCUAUAUCCCUCUCUGGCUGUGCCUUGGGCCUUGUCUUGUAUUCUUAACCUGUCUUACACGGCAGGCUAGAUUUAAAGUUCCUUGAAAGUCUUCUCCAUGUUUAUGUUUUAAAAAGGCCUAGUAGAGGACCUAUAUGUUGGAUGCCCAGUAAACAACUAUCCAAUGGAGUGGCCAGACUAUAGUGAUACUUCAGUUACUUGCAGCCUGCUGUGGCCUUUGGACAGGGGAGUGGAGUGUUGUGUACUUCUCCCUUGUGUGGGAUAGCUAGAAGCUGCCCCUCAGUUCCCUUUAACCCAGCUCUGUCCCCAGAACCAUGGAGGUGACACAUUGACUCUUCAGGGAUCUCCAGCCUGGGGAGUCUGGGAGCUGCAAAGGCCAUAGGGUUAGCCUUCCUUAUGCUCCUUUCGCCUUCCUAGUUCUCCCUUCUCAGGACCCUGCUCUUCCUCCAGAGAGAUACCCAGGAGAAAAGGGAACAACCAGUUUAUUCCUGAAAGCCAGGCCCCAGGAUCUGAUGACAUUCGAGGAUGUAGCUGUGGAAUUCACCCAGUGGGAAUGGGGGCAGCUGGACCCUGCUCAGAAGGACCUGUACAGUGAAGUGAUGCUGGAGAACUUCAAGAACCUGGCCUCUCUGGGGCUUCCAGUGUCUAAACCAUAUGUGAUCUCCCAGUUGGAGGAAGGGAAAGAGCCCUGUGUGUUAGAGGGAGAAAUCUCAACAGACUGGGAGAAAAAGCCUAAAGUCAAAGAAUCAGUACUAAAUCAGGGAAUUUCCAAAGAAGAUUUACUCCAGACAACACCAGUGGAAAAACAUAUCAGAGAUGAACUCUGCUUCUGCCAACUGAAAGCAACCCGUGGUCAUGAUGACCAAUUAGAGAUACAUCCAAAAGACCAGGAGACCCAUCUGAAAGAAAUAUCAAUCACUCACAAAUCUACUACCCUAAGGACAGAUCAUGAAUGGAGUGAACUUGGGAGAAGUUUAGGCUUAAGAUCAGUCUUUGCUAAUCAACACAGUGUUCUUAUAAGAGAAGGAUCCUAUAAAAGUGAUACAGAAUUCAGACAGACUUCAGGGAGAAAUAACUCCCCAAGAACCCAUCCAGGGAAGAAACCUUGUAAAUGUAAUGAAUGUGGGAAGUCUUUCCAUUUCCAAUCAGAACUUAGGCGCCAUCAGAGAUGUCACACUGGAGAAAAGCCCUAUGAAUGCAGUGAAUGUGGAAGAGCCUUUGGUCAUAUUUCAUCCCUUAUUAAACAUCAGAGAACUCAUACUGGAGAAAAGCCCUAUGAAUGCAGUGAAUGUGGGAGAGCCUUCAGCCAGAGUUCAUCUCUUGUUCUACAUUAUAGAUUUCAUACUGGAGAGAAACCUUACAAAUGUAAUGAGUGUGGGAGAGCCUUUGGUCAUACUUCAUCCCUUAUUAAACAUCAGAGAACUCACACUGGAGAAAAGCCCUAUGAAUGCAGGGAAUGUGGGCGAACGUUCAGCCAGAGCUCAUCUCUCAUCGUACAUUAUAGAUUUCAUACUGGAGAGAAACCUUACCAAUGUAAUAAAUGUGGGAGAGCCUUCAGCCAGAGUUCCUCUCUCACUCAACAUUAUAGAUUUCAUACUGGAGAGAAACCCUACAAAUGUAAUGAAUGUGGGAGAGCCUUUGCUCAUACUGCAUCUCUUAUUAAACAUCAGAAAAGUCAUGCUGGAAAAAAAGCCAUAUAAAUUCAGUGAAUGUAGGAAGCUGGAGUGCACACAUUACUCACAUGACACACUGGAGGGAGAUCUUGCAUGUGUGAUGUAUGUGGGAAGACUUUUGGUUGAAAAACAUGUCUUAAAAAAAAGAAAAACAUGUCUUAUUCAACAUCAGACAGUACAUGCUAAAGAGAAGCUCUAUUGAUGUCAAGAGAGAAGGUGGGCUUUCAGAGAAGCCAUAUUGGUGAGAAGUCAAGUAGAUGUGACUGAUUUGGAAAGGCUUUUGUCAGGGGACACACAUUAUUCAACAUCAGACAGUUUCUACUGGCAAGAGAAACCUUAUCAGUGCAAUGAGUAUGACACAGCCUUCAGUCACAUUUUAUUCAGUAAGUAAGUAAGUAAAUAAAUAAAUAAAUAAAUAAAUAUCAUGUAACUCAAACUGGAGAGAGACUGCAAGUGUGAUAAAAGCCAUCUGUGAUACUUCUCUAAGCACCAAGAACACAUACAAAAGAGAAGCCCUUUGAAAGCAAUAAGUGUGGGAAGGCCUUCUAGUAGAGCUCAUCUCUUAAUAAACAUCAGACAAUUUAUUCUUGAGAAAAAAAAAACACUAUGGAAAUGAUGAAUGUGGGAGAGACUUCAGCCAAAUCUCUUUCCUUUAUAAAUAUCAGUGAACUCACCCUGCUAGAAACCCUGGGAAUGUAUUGCAUGUGGAAAAGCCAUUGGCAUAUGUUCCAUUCACUCUGCACAUCAGAGAAUGUGCACUAGAGUGACUCUGAAUUUGGUGAAACUGGGAAAACCCGCUAGUAUAGUUCAGGCUUCAGCAUACACUAAGACUUUACUCCAAAGAGAAACCCUGGGAACUUAACAAAUGUGGGGGAAGUUCCUUUCAGACUUGAGAUUCAUAAAACAAGAGCUGAAAGGAAUCUGAGAAAUCAACUAAUUUGGUGAUUUUUUGCCUGGUGGAGGCUCUCUAUAACUGCACUGUGCUUCACCUCCCCAUCCUGUUACUGAUGGGAGCAGAGGUGUUAUUGUGUGGGUGAAGAGAAUGGAGGCUGAACAAGAUGGAGAGCCACCAGUGAUGCAGCUCCACCCUAUUUUAGGGCUAAGAAAACAUCUGAAAAUACCAUGCACUGGGCUGGGCCUCUUUCCUUCUGGUUCACAGCUGUGGUUUUGAGAUUGAGAGACUUAAGGUCUUCUGUACAAAACCCCAUGCACUAAAUGUUACCUCUAAGAGGCAAUGGAGUGGUAUUUUUAAAGUUUGACCAAAAGACAAUUUUUAUUAAAUCUUUAUGCUGUGAGAUUUGGAAUUUUUGAAAUUAAAUGAAAUCUUUUUAAACAUUAAAAUCAUUAAAAUAUGUGUAAAAGAAUAAAAACUUCAAAAACAUUAUUCUUAGUGAAAGCCAGAUACCAGACACCAUGUAUUGCAUAGUUCCAUUUAUAGGAAAUGUCCUGAAAUGGCAAAAUCCUCAGAGGCAAAAUAGAUUAGUGGUUGCCUGGUGCUGGGAGAAGCAACUGGGAGUAAAUGCAGAUGUUAUAAAGAAUCUUACUGGGGUAAUGCAAAUGUCCUAAAACUGGUUUAUGGUGAUGGUUGAACAAAAUCAUUGAAUUGUGCACACAAAAUGGGUAAAAUUUAUGGUAUGUAAAUUACACCUCAGUAAAAGUGUUUUCAUAAAAUAUCAAAUACACAGAUACACCAACUAUUGCUAAACUACUUUUCCUAUCUUGUCUGUUACUUCAAGCCAUCUGUGUGUCUUUAUUUUCUGUAGUAGUUAACCCUAAGCUUACUGGGUCUCAAGUUUAUAUCAUGUUGCAUCUGAAAUUUAUGAGGAGAGGCCAAGAGUAGGAGCUAGCAUAGAGCAGAAGAGUCUUGACUAAAAAUAUUAGUUUAUACUAAAGACAGUCCCUCAAGCAUUUUAAAUCCACAUGAGGAAGCUGAGCCAGACUUCAGGGAAUCGGUUCAAAGUGGUCCAUGAAGACUGGGAGAAUCUAGGGGCCCCACAAGUUGGCUAAUGCAGAGGGGUGCAGGCAGAUAGGAUAAACAGGAGGCAUCUGGACAGCUGAAAUCAAAAUGCCAGUCUAGGAACCUAGAAAUCAUGGGAAUUUCUUCCCAGAAAGCCAAGGUGUACAGGAGAGAAAUAGCAAAUGUAAUUACAUUAGUAAUAGCUUAGUUGACUUACCUUUUCUCCCAGUGCCCUUUUCUAAUCCCAACCUAAGUCACUUUAUAUACCCGGAUACCUGAAACUUUGUAGUUGGUCUUUGCUUAACAUCUGUCCCUCUUGUUAUCUUUUUUUUUUUUUAAUAUUUUAUUUAUUCAUAAGAGACACAGGCAGAGGGAGAAGCAGGCGCCAUGCAGGAAGCCUGAUGCGGGACUUGAUCUCGGGACUCUGGGAUCACGCCCUGAGCCAAAGGCAGACACUCAACCGCUGAGCCACCCAGGUGUCACCCCUCUUGUUAUCUUUGUGGUGGUAACUAUUCUUAUCAGUGUGCACUGACUUCUCCAUCUGAAAGUCUUUGUACUGCCCACAAGAUAAAUUCCCACUCCUCACUUUGGUAUUUAAUGUCCUCUUCACUCUGCCUUAACCUCUUGUUGCUCCUGACAAGAACCUCUAUUACAGACGAACUUGCUUGCCAUACCUCAAACAUGCCUUCAUAGUCCCCUGCCUGUUCCACCAGCCUGGAAUGCCCUCUCCACUUCUCUAAAGCCUAAUAGGCAGUCAGAACCCUGUUCAAACACCCUCUCAUCAGGGAAGAAUUCUCAUUUUUUUUUUCUUUAAAGAUUUUCUUUACCUAAGAGAGAACGUGAGUCAGGGGAGGGGCUGAGGGAGAGGGACAAGUAGACUUGGGACAAGCAGACUCCGUGCUGAGCACAGAAGCAGAUGUGGGGCUUGAUCCCACGACCCUGGGAUCAUCAGCUGAGGGCAGACGCUGAACUGACUGAACCACCCAGAUGCCCCAGGGAAGAAUUCUCUUGAACACUACUGUGAAGUCAUUAUCUUACUGACUUGCAAUUGUAAAAGCACUUGUGUUUGCUUAAAGUUUUUAAAAAUGAAAGAUGUGUUGGGAUAGUUUUUA